UGAUGUGGAUGAAAAAGUGUUAGCUGAUGCCAUUAAGAUGACAAAUAUUGCUGUCAACCUGUGUUUGUCAAACAAGUUCCUUCAAGCACAAGCUAAACUGGAACCAUGGAUAAAUGAAAGCAUGUACCAUGCUCUUGGUUACAGCACCAUCAUGUAUCUCCAGGCUAUGAUGACAUUUGAACCUCAAGCUAUACAGCAAGCAAGUAACAGCAAUAAACUUGCUUUAGAUGUGUGUGAAAGAUACAGAAGGAAACACACAUGGACAGAAUCAUUUACUAGCUGGAUUUGGAAUCCAUCCUAUGAUAAUUUAACAGAAGUGGAAAGACAUGCUGAGCUGUGCUAUGCCGAGUGUUUAUUUAUGAGGGCAUUACUCACAUUUAUACAGGAUGAAAAUCUGGUCAGCUUCAUUCGCGGAGCUCUAAAAAUCAGAAGUGCUUAUCAGACUUACAAGACUUGCCUGGACAUGGUUGCCCAUCAGCCAUCAUCUCUUCAGCAUUCACCACAAAGAAAGGACUUUGAAGGAGGAGUUCACCUUGGCAUUGGAGGAUUUAAUUUGGUGACAGUUCAAAAAAUGUUGUCCCUACUUCCUGCAAAGAUAAUCAAGUUGUUAGAGUGGGUUGGUUUUUCAGGAGACAAGUUUUUAGGUCUGGAUCACUUAGACCAAGGAUGCAGAGACCAGAACUUAAGAUCGCCCAUGUGUGCCAUGGUUCUGCUCGCCUAUCACAGUGUAAUAACUUAUUACCUUGGUAAGUGGUCAGAUUUAAAACUUAUUACCUUGAUUACUGAUAACACGUGCACAGAUACCUCAGCGGAAAUACUAAAGUAA